AUGUCCCGUCGUAACAGCAGCGUCGUCGCUAUCGAUGCCGAACAGGCACGCCGCCUCUCACUUGCCGUCCCGGACAUCAAACAAGUCGCCCACGAUGCCGGCAACGCGACCCGAUCAGAACAACAAAUGACCUUGCGACAGGGUGUCAAGUUGUACCCAAAGGCCAUUGCCUGGUCGGUGCUACUUUCAGCAGCCAUCAUCAUGGAAGGCUUCGACAAAGUCUUGAUCGCCAAUUUGAUGGCAGUUCCUGCUUUCAAGCAAAAGUUUGGCCAACAGCUCCCCAACGGCGAUUGGGAACUCACAGCCGCCUGGCAAGCUGGCCUUACAAACGGUGCAUACGUCGGAGAGUUCACGGGUCUGCUCCUGAACGGUCUUAUUGCGGAUCGCUUCGGGUACAAGAAGACGAUGAUCGGCGCGCUAUUCGUCGUCAACCUCUUCAUCUUCAUCGUCUUCUUUGCCCAGAACAUCGUCAUGCUACUAUGCGGUCUCAUCCUGUGCGGUAUACCGUGGGGUGUCUUCCAGACCCUGACCUGCACCUAUGCUGCCGAAGUCGUACCGGUUCCGCUCCGCCCAAUUCUUACAACAUACGUCAACCUCUGCUGGGUCAUCGGUCAAUUCCUCGCCUCAGGCGUUCUCAAGGGUGUGGCCGAGCGCCCCGACCAAUGGGCAUACCGCAUUCCAUAUGCUCUGCAGUGGCUCUGGCCACUCCCUUUGAUGAUCGGUAUCUCUUUCGCACCUGAAUCACCAUGGUGGCUUGUCCGAAAAGACCGCUAUGACGAAGCCAAGAAGAUGUUGAUGCGCCUGACAUCGCCAGAGAAGCUACCCGACUUCAACGCCGACGAGACCAUUGCUAUGAUGCGCCACACCAAUGCCAUGGAGAUGGCAGUUUCUGAGGGUACUUCAUACUUGGACUGCUUCAAAGGCACCGAUCUUCGACGAACUGAAAUUGCUGCCAUGGCAUGGUUUACACAAGCUUUCUGUGGAGCAGGUCUUAUCGGCUAUUCAACUUACUUUUUCCAGCAAGCAGGCCUUAGCGACGAGAACGCCUUCUCCAUGAGUCUUGGACAAUACGCGAUUGGUGGUGUUGGUGUCUUCGCGGCCUGGAUCUUGAUCCAACGCGUAGGCCGCCGCACUUUGUACGUUUACGGCGAUCUCGUCAUGGUUCUGCUUUUGAGCAUCAUUGGAGGUCUUGGUUUCAUUCCAGCUGGCAACACUGUCGGACCUGUCUGUUACUCAAUCGUCGCAGAGAUCCCAUCCACCCGUCUCCGCCAAAAGACGGUUGUCUUGGCCAGGAACUUCUACAACUUCGGUUCCAUUAUCGGCAACGUCAUCACCCCACGCAUGCUCAACCCUGGUGCUUGGAAUUGGGGCGCAAAGAGUGGCCUCUUCUACGCUGGAACUUGCUUUUGCUGCUUCAUCUGGGCGUUCUUCCGUCUUCCUGAACCAAAGGGCCGAACUUACGGAGAGCUCGACCUCCUCUUUGAGCAGCGUGUUCCUGCCAGGAAAUUCAAGAGCACAGUCGUCGAUAGCUUCCAUGUUAGUGAUACCGAGAGCGAGUAUGCUGAGAAGAAAGGUGAUUCCUGCGUCCUCGCUUGCUCUCUCCAGGCACAACGUGGCGUUCCUUACCCCAUCAAUGUGGGAUGCAAGACUUGUAGGGACAGGAGAAUCAGGAAGCGGCCCUCAUGCUCACAAUGUCUUCGCGCAGGCAAAGAAUGCCAUGGAUACCGGGAUCCGGUGUCGCUGAUGUUCAAGAACGAAAGCCAUGUCGUGGCGAAGAAGGCAGAGAGGCGCUACGAAGAGCUUGCCAAAUCAAAAGAACCAACAACACCUUGGAGACGUGGAGAGCCCGCUAAAAUUAGAAGCUUGCAGAGGAUGUAUCCGGUGCGGAUACCGCCAAGUGCUGAGAUGGUUGUGCAACCUACGCCGAAUGUCGACGCGCGAGCCCAAGGGUACUUCCUUGCCAACUACGCGGGCACUGCCGACUUCCCCCAAGGAGGCCAAUUUGAGUGGAUUCCUCAGCUCCUAUCUCGGAUGGAUGUCGAGAGCAGUCUUCGCGAAAGCUUUCGAGCCCUGAGUCUAGCUGUCUUCUCCAAUGCAGUAAAAUCUCCUGCCGUCAUGCAGAAAGCACGUAUUGCAUACGUAUCCGCGUUGGAGAAGACCAACAGAGCACUCAUGUCGCACGAAACAGCCAUCAAAGACAGCACCGUGGUCUCCGUAAUCCUACUUGGUAUGUACGAGGGCACGAGAUACACGGACAAGAGCUCUAUAGCCAGAUGGUCCAAGCACGUCAGCGGCGCUUACACGUUGUUCAUGCUCCGAGGAAAGUCCCAGUUCGAUACAGAGCUUGGACGGCAGAUAUUUUUGCAGUCUUAUGGUGUUGCGUUAUUCUUCACGAUGGAGUUGGGAACGAAUAUUCCAAAAGGGGUGCAAGAGUUAUAUGAUCAGAUACCGACAGGCGGGGGAUUCCAGGAGCUCGGGAAAAAGUUUAUGAUGAGCAUGCUGCAUCUCAUGCACGCUGUUGUCAAACUCAACCAAGACAAAAGCCACAGCCCCGUCGAGAUAAUCAACAACGCCAGGAAACACGACCAAGAGCUAGAAAAGAUCAAGGCUUCCCUACCUCAAGUAUGGCAACCCAUAAGAGUCCAUCUCAAGGCGCCUUCGGACCACUACUAUGGAAAUCUGUAUAGCCUCUGUCUCCAUCCCGUUAUAACUCAGAUGUGGAACUAUACGCGGUUUCUUGGGAUCCAGAUACACGAAAUCAUAAGAACGAAUCUGGUCAGGCUUUAUGAGGAACAUGCGCCACCAAGCUUCGAUGUUGCUUCCCUAAAGACAUGCAUACAGUAUGAGGAGGACAUACUGCGGGCUAAUAUCGCGGCAAUCAUCUCUGCGGUGCCUCAAAUUACGGGUAUGGUACCAUCACCUGCACAGCCUUUCGCACAAGGGAAAAAGACCGACGAGGAUUCUUCAGACGAAGAUGUCAUGAGAGAACCGGGCACCUUUAUUGAUUCGGUCGUUUCGCCAAGGCUGAUGCAGGUCAUCCAGCCAAUAUAUACCGUGGGUAUGUGUGUGCUUAUUACACCUGGUCUGCGGGAGUGGAUCAUUAAGAUUCUCCAUUUUGUUGCACUGAGAAUUGGGUCGAGACAGGCAGUCGUUUUUGCAGCUGAGCUACAGGAGCUUCAGGAACAUGAACCAACGAUAGCGCGUGAUCGUGAAGACAUAGCCGAGUGGAUAACGUUGGGUUCUGGAGUAAUAUGA